ACUUCCUUUUAACUCCCAUGCCCGUGGAGUGUACACUUGUCUGUAUGAGAGGGUCAACACCAAGGAUGCCGUCCAAGAUAUUGGAAGAUUCUAUCCACACCAUGGACAGUGGUGUUUCAGAAGAUUGCAUGGAUACUCCAAUAAAAGUCAAGAAGGUAAAAAAGGACAAGACUAAGGAUAAGGACGGCAAGAAGAAAAAGAAGCUGGUUGUUGAAGAUCCUGGUGAAGAACUGGAGCCACCAGCACCCAAAAAGAAGAAAAAAGACAAGCUUGAUACCUCCACGGGAGACCUGACUGAUGUUAACGGCAAAGUGAAGAAGAAAAAGAUCAAAACAGAAAUUGCAGCAACAGCCAAUGGAAAUCUGGAAAUGGCACCAAAACUCAUCACAGAGUUUAAAGAUGAACAUUCCAUAUCAAGCCCACCAACCCCUUCCAGCGAAGACCUGUCAAGUGAUGCCGAGCAAGACACGGAAACCCCAGAACAAAAAGAAGGAGCAUUCAAAAACUUCCGGAUAUCCCCAAACACAAUCAAUCUUCUUAAAGCUCGUGGAGUCACAUACCUGUUUGACAUCCAAGCGAAGACAUUUAACAACGUAUAUGAUGGCAAAGAUGUGAUUGCCCAAGCCAGGACCGGGACAGGAAAGACCUUCUCCUUUGCCAUCCCUCUUGUGGAGAAACUGCAGGCUGAUGGAGAUGACCGAAAACGAGGACGACCUCCUAAGGUUUUGGUUCUGGCGCCAACAAGAGAGUUAGCCAUUCAGGUGUCCAGGGACUUCAAGGAUGUUACGAGGAAGCUAUCUGUUACAUGCUUUUAUGGUGGAAGCUCGUACAACCCACAGGUUGACGCCAUCAGAAAUGGUAUUGAUGUCUUGGUGGGAACUCCGGGCCGAAUCAAAGACCACCUGGAGAACAACAAGCUGGAUUUGAGCCAACUGAAACAUGUUGUACUGGAUGAAGUGGACCAAAUGCUUGACAUGGGCUUUGCUGAACAGGUUGAAGAGAUUCUGUCAACGUCCUAUAAAAAAGACUCCCCCAAAAAUCCCCAGACUCUGCUCUUCUCCGCCACGUGUCCUCAGUGGGUGUACGAGGUGGCCAAGAAGUACAUGCGGCCUGAGUGUUCUCAUGUGGACCUGAUCGGCAAGAAGACCCAGAAAGCUGCCACCACAGUUGAACACCUGGCUAUAGCAUGCCACUGGUCUCAGAGAGCCGCGGUGAUCGGAGAUGUGGUGCGCGUCUACAGUGGAAGCCAUGGCCGCUCCAUCAUCUUCUGCGAGACCAAGAAAGAGGUCAACGAGCUCGCCAUGAACAACGCCGUCAAACAGAGUUGCCAAACCCUCCAUGGAGACAUCCCACAGAAGCAGAGGGAGAUGACGCUGAAGGGCUUCAGGAACGGCACCUUCGAGGUGCUGGUCGCCACCAACGUUGCUGCCCGUGGACUGGACAUCCCCGAAAUAGACCUGGUGGUACAGUGCUCGCCGCCCAAGGAUGUGGAAUCCUACAUCCAUCGGUCUGGCCGUACAGGCAGAGCGGGCAGGACGGGAGUGUGCAUCUGCUUCUACCAGAGGAAAGAGGAGGACCAGCUCCGAUAUGUGGAACAGAAAGCAGGCAUCACCUUCAAACGAGUUGGAGUGCCCACAACAAACGACAUCAUCAAAUCAUCAAGCAAAGACGUCGCAAAAUUCCUUGAGUCUGUUCCAGCGGCAGCAGUGGGGCAUUUCCGCGAGGCGGCGGAGGAGCUGAUAAAGGAGAAGGGGGCAGUAGAAGCCCUGGCAGCUGCCCUGGCACACAUCUCUGGGGCCACCUCCCUGGAGCAACGAUCCCUCCUCAAUUCCGAUACGGGUUACACGACAAUGCUAAUGAACUGCUCCGUUGAGAUGCACAGCAUGAGCCUCGCCUGGCGUAGCCUAAAGGAGCAGCUCGGAGAAGAGGUCGACAACCAGAUCCAACGCAUGAAUUUCCUGAAGGGAAAGAAGGGUGUUUGCUUUGAUCUUCCAUCUGACAAGGUGAAAAUGUAUCAGGAGGCCUGGAAAGACUGUAGGCGGUGGCAGUUGUCUAUCGCCACGGAACUACCGGACAUGGAGGAGAGCAUGCGCAGCCACGGCGACAGGAGUUCCAAUGGCUUCGGGGGCCGGAGGGGAGGUGGAGGCUUUGGUGGACGGUCGUUUGGAGGCAGAGGAGGAGGAGGAAGAGGGGGUGGGGGUUUCAGAGGUGGAAGAGGAAGAGGGGGUUUUGGAGGCGGUAGAGGAAGAGGGGGUUUUGGACAGAAGCGUAGCUUCGACAAAGCCUUUAGUUAAGGCACAAAGCGCACAUUUAGACCACCAGAGGGUGAGAUUUUUGCCAGCUGUGUGGUUUGGUCGGAGUUUGGGUGGAAAAGUCUCCCUGAACUAUUCAGGAUAUUAGCUGAUUGCUUUGCAAUUGUUAAAAUGUCAUUAUUUAUACUGACUUCUUUGCCUGAACAUUAAACAUGGUCUUUUACUAUAA